CCGAGUGCAGAGAACUCAAGUCUCCUUUAGGAAUGGCUGGAAAAGCCCACACCUGGAGAACCCUCCCUCCCUGCCCCUCCACCGCAGGUCGCAUCUGGGAGACGCUCCGGUCAUUAGAGGAAUGAGUGACAGUGAGCAAUUCACCAGCUCGCCAGCACUGGGUGGAGAGCAGCAGGCAAGAAUGGAUGUGGGGGACAGCCUUCUCGUGAAUGGAAGCGACAUCCCUCCUCCCUGCGAGCUGGGCAUCGAAAAUGAGACGCUUUUCUGCUUCUUGGAUCAGCCCCAUCCGUCCAAAGAGUGGCAGCCAGCUGUGCAGAUUCUCUUGUAUUCCUUGAUAUUCCUGCUCAGCGUGCUGGGGAACACGCUGGUGAUCACGGUGCUGAUUCGAAACAAGAGGAUGAGGACUGUCACCAACAUCUUCCUGCUGUCCCUGGCCGUCAGCGACCUCAUGCUCUGCCUCUUCUGCAUGCCUUUCAACCUCAUCCCCAACCUGCUCAAGGAUUUCAUCUUCGGCAGCGCUGUCUGCAAGACCACUGCCUACUUCAUGGGCACCUCUGUGAGUGUAUCCACUUUCAAUCUGGUCGCCAUAUCGCUGGAGAGAUACGGUGCGAUUUGCAAACCCUUGCAGUCGCGGGUCUGGCAGACGAAAUCCCAUGCUUUGAAGGUGAUCGCCGCUACCUGGUGCCUCUCCUUUGCCAUCAUGACUCCAUAUCCAAUUUAUAGCAACUUGGUGCCUUUUACCAAAAAUAACAACCAGACUGCGAACAUGUGCCGCUUUCUGCUGCCAAGUGAUGUUAUGCAGCAGUUCUGGCACACGUUCCUGUUACUCAUCCUCUUUCUUAUUCCUGGAAUCGUGAUGAUGGUGGCAUAUGGAUUAAUCUCUCUGGAACUUUACCAAGGAAUAAAAUUUGAUGCUAGCCAGAAGAAGUCUGUGAGAGAAAGGAAGCCGAGCACCGGCAGCGGCAGCGGCAGGUACGAGGACAGCGACGGGUGUUACCUGCAGAGGUCCCGGCACCCACGGCGGCUGGAGCUCCAGCGGCUGUCCAGCGGCGGCGGCGGCGGCGGGGCCGGCCGCAUCCGGAGCAGCAGCUCCGCGGCCAACCUGAUGGCCAAGAAGCGGGUGAUCCGCAUGCUCAUGGUCAUCGUGGUCCUCUUCUUCCUGUGCUGGAUGCCCAUCUUCAGCGCCAACGCCUGGCGGGCCUACGACACGGCCUCCGCCGAGCGCCAGCUCUCGGGGACCCCCAUUUCCUUCAUCCUCCUGCUCUCCUACACCUCCUCCUGCGUCAACCCCAUCAUCUACUGCUUCAUGAACAGACGCUUCCGCCUGGGCUUCAUGGCCACCUUCCCCUGCUGCCCGCACCCUGGGCCCGCGGGCGCGAGAGCAGAGGCCGGGGAGGAGGAGGAGGGCAGGACGACCGGGGCCUCUCUGUCCAGGUACUCCUACAGCCACAUGGGCGCCCCGGCCCCGGCCCCCUGAGCUGCCGGCCCUGGGGCAGAAGGAAGGAGGGGGCUGAGGGAGGACAAGAGAAGAAAGCGGGAGGAAAUAAGGAGCAAAGUGAGGGAGAAGAAGGCUCAGUUCCCAGCGGGAACUAUUGUCUGCUGGUCGUCCUUCACGCGGGUCCCAGGAGGGCUGCCGGGGUGCGCCCCGACUUGGUUCAAGGCAGUCAGUUCAAGGCAGGACAUUUUCAAUAACAUCCACGGUCAG